AACCUCAGUUUUUAUGUGGAACUUUUCAAAGUUCGUUUGGCUUGGCCUGGUUAUGUGUCAAUUCGGAGGUGGAGGGCAAGUGCUUCGUGUCACUAAGAUAUAGACAUCGGUGAAGCAGAAGGGGGAAAAUUAUAAAAUGCAGUCACUGAGAGCCACUGGCUGUCAUCGAGCCAUCUUUGGUAUUGCCUUCAUCGGCUACAUGCUAUCAGGGGUUACCCUGACAUCUGGUAUGCAGUGCUCUGGUAUUUAUUCAUCUUACCGCUUUGAUUGCCACCCCGAAGAAGGUGCAACUCAACAGGAAUGUCAGCGACGCGGAUGCUGUUGGCUGGCAUCCAAAAACUUGGACGAGGGCGUUCCCUACUGUUUCUAUCCAUCAGAUUUCCCGACCUACCAGAUGGGCUCCCCGCAACCGACAGCAUUUGGUUACACUGUGAUGUUAAAACGUACCACCAAAAGUUACUAUCCAAAUGAUGUGAUGCAGCUUCAAAUGGAUCUUUGCUUUGAGACUAGCUACAGAUUACACUUCAAGAUAUACGACCCCAAGUCUAAACGUUAUCAGGUUCCCGUCCCUACACCAAAAGUCAGCAAGCGAGUGCCAUCAACAGACUACAAAGUGCAAUUCUCACGGUCUCCAAUGGGCUUAAUUGUCACCCGUCGAGUGGAUGGUACCGUAAUAUUCAACAGUACCCUGAGUCCCUUGAUUUUUGCAGACCAGUUCCUUCAACUCUCAACCAGCCUGGUCACACCAUACAUCUAUGGUCUUGGAGAACACAGAGGUCGUUUCAGGGUUGCUUCAGAUUGGGAGACCUAUCCAAUGUGGUCAAGAGAUCAACCCCCUCAUGUUGGUGAUAAUUUGUAUGGAGUGCAUCCGUUCCACUUGGGUCUUGAGGGCAGUUCAGGCAACUCCCACGGUGUCUUCCUUCUCAACAGUAAUGCUAUGGAGGUCGUGCUACAGCCAGCUCCAGCGCUCACCUACCGGACCAUCGGUGGGAUUCUAGACUUCUAUAUCUUCAUGGGUCCUAGGUCGGACCAAGUUGUCCAGCAGUACACCGAGGUCAUAGGUCGUCCAUUUAUGCCUCCUUACUGGGGUCUUGGAUUUCAUCUGUGUCGCUGGGGUUAUGGAUCAUCAAACAGGACCUUGGAGAUUGUCAAACAGAUGAGAGCCGCUUCAAUUCCACAGGACACUCAGUGGAAUGACAUCGAAUACGCUGUCGGCUGUAAAGACUUCACAGUCAACAACGGACCAUUUGCCGGACUCCCUGAACUGAUUGGUUACCUUCAUUCAGUUGGUAUGCACUACAUUCCAAUCACAGACCCAGGUAUCAGCAGCACUCAACCUGCUGGGACAUAUCCACCGUAUGACACUGGCAUCGCACAAGAUGUAUUCAUCAAAGACAGCAACGGAAAACCAAUAGUUGGAAGGGUGUGGCCGGGUUCAACUGUAUUCCCAGACUUCUUCAACAACAAGACCAAGAGCUGGUGGCUUGAUCAAAUCAGGGAUUUCCACGGCAAAGUGCCCUUUGACGGACUGUGGAUAGACAUGAAUGAACCUUCAAACUUUGUGAAUGGAUCUGUAAACGGAUGCCCCCAAAAUUCCUGGAACAACCCACCGUACACCCCAGCAAUAGUUGGGGGCAAACUCUCUGCCAUGACCCUCUGCCCGUCUGCCACCCAGGCCAUCGGCAAACACUAUGACCUUCACAGUCUCUACGGAUACUCAGAAGCCAUCGCUACACAUGAAGCUCUGGUGGAAAUACGCCAUAAAAGAAGUUUUGUCAUCUCAAGAUCAACGUACCCAGGGAGCGGCAAAUACACCGGUCACUGGCUGGGAGAUAACUAUAGUCUAUGGCCAGACAUGGCUUAUUCUAUAGCAGGCAUUUUAUCCUUCAAUUUGUUUGGCAUACCUCUGGUCGGAGCCGAUAUCUGUGGCUUCAACCUCAAUACAACGGAAGAACUUUGCCAGCGAUGGAUGCAGCUAGGGGCUUUCUAUCCGUUCUCCCGCAAUCACAACACACUCGGAGCCAUGGAUCAGGAUCCAACUUCGUUCAGUCAAGAUAUGCAGACUUCAACCAGGAAAGCUCUUCAGCUACGCUACAGCCUCCUGCCAUACAUCUAUACCCUGUUCCACUUUGCACAUACCCAGGGCUCCACUGUGGCCAGACCGUUGUUCUUUGAAUUCCCAGGAGAUCCUCAGUUGUAUGAUGUGGACAAACAAUUCAUGUUGGGUUCAGCCGUAGUCGUCACUCCAGUUCUGGAAAAAGGAGCAACAAAUGUUACUGGGAUUUUCCCGAAAGGAAUCUGGUUGGGUGUUUACUAUGGGACUCAUUUCCAAGUGGACAGUACCCAGCCAGUCACUUUACCGGCGCCCCUCAACGAGAUCAAUGUUCAUGUGCGAGAAGGUCGCAUCGUCCCUUUGCAGUUACCCUCGGGGGGCAAUCCCACCACCACGACCCAGUAUCGCCAGCUUGCCUUCACUCUGCUGAUCACUCGCAGUGACAGGAGCCCUGGUACCGGUCAACUCUUCUGGGAUGAUGGAGACUCUCUAGACACAUACGAGAGCGGCAACUAUCUCUUUGUGGAGUUUGCAUCGAAUGCAACAACGAUGAAUUCCACCGUGGUGCAUGAUGGGUAUUCAGGAUCACAGCCCGUCACUGUAGAGACAAUCAUCCUCAGCGCAGUUCCUCGCCCGGUCAGUCAAGUGACAAUCAACGGCACUGCUGUUCCAUUCCACUACUCACCUGAUGUACAGAAUGUCUACGUGGAUAAGUUGAAAGUGCCCAUGCAAUUCAACUUCUAUGUCAAGUGGGAAUACCAAACACAGGAGUAAUGGAAGUCUGGAACUAACACGGUGAUGAAGUGGUGACCUUCCAGCCCCCUUGGUAAUUAUGACGUCUGCAUUAUCUAAGCCUAGGAAGUUGGUACCCAGAUGGGGAUUUAGGUUGGGGGUGGCCCCCCUCAUCUUUUGUCUAGCCCCCACCCCCAAAGAAGAAAAAAAAAGGCUGGACGCUUUUGGCUUUGCAAUUUUGCAUAAAGUUUCUUUUUUCAUAAAUACUCCAUGAUUAAGGAUCAGAAGCAAAUGUUAAAAGAUGAUGUCACAUAUGGAGGGUCUAGCCACCUCCUAGAAAAUCAGCUCUAGAACCGCCCCUGUUGGUAACCUCAGAAUUUCUCCUGUCAAGUGGUUCCCUUGUUUCAUUUCAUGUUUGAGUCACAUUAUUUUUUUACUUGGGUAUGGCAUAUUUAUCCAGUCAGUGUGUGAUAUUGUUUCUGUAAGUGUUUUCAUUGUCAGGGAAAAACUUGAUGCAGCCCCUUGCAAGGAUGUGAUAUUUUAGAGUUAUUAUACCAAUAAUGAAUGAAUAAAUUGUUCUUUAAACUAUUAUUGAAACAUCAAAAUACCUACAAGCUGAAAUGUUGUAUUCAGUCUUUCCACAACGUUCUCGAUUUCUAAAUUGUACGUGUUUGGAAGAAAAAUUGAGCCAUUCAUUUGUUUUUUUUAUAACCAGCGGUGUCUUUUUGUAUAUAUAGCAACAUGGUUCAAAACCAGUCCGUGGAUGUAUAAAUGCACUGACUUAGAAAUAGAGAUAUGUUAGUUUUUAGAAAGUGAGUAUAUUUGGGGCUUCUUAUUUGAGAGUUUUUUAUUCAUUGCAAGUUCAAAAUUUGCAAAACAUGAAUUGCCUACGCAAAUUUUUGGCAAUUAUUGGAAGUGUUACUUCCAUUUCGAUAAUGUAAUGUCAGACAGCCAUACAAAUGCUGUUGGCUUAUUUUGAAAACUUGCCACUUUGACCACAAUGUUCCAGGGUCAAUUCAACAGACUGAAAUGCAUGCACUGACCAGAAAUUGUCACUGGAUGAGUGAAGGGUGCUUCUAAGAGUGAUAAAACCACCAAAGCUGCAAUAUAAAAUAGCAUAUAUAAAAUCAAGAACCGAGGUUUUCAUAAUUAGGCCUACAACAGGCAUAAAGAUGUUCAUUUCAAAACCAUGUGCAUUUGGAUUCAUUUAUAAAUCGGCCAAACAAGUCAAGUCAGUAACCAUGCCCUCUUGUAGGCCUACAUUUCUGGUUGUUUGUUGUUUUAAUUGAUAAGCAGACGUCCUGUUAACCUGUGCACUUAUCAGGAACUAGUCAUUCCAAUUAAGCAUCCGUCGUUUAGAGGUGGAAGCUUCGUUUUUCUCGACUUCCAGUUAAUGUUUUCCGUGGUGGUAACUGAUCGAUUAUCGUUUAUGAGGACAGCAAUUGUAAACUGCAGUUCUACACGUAUUCUUCUUCUCAGGGGAUUUGCUAUGCUGUAUAUUUGCAUUUUUAUCAUGUAAACAAUAUUGACGGCUUCUACGUAAAGCUUACCAUGAGUGUGCAAGGUAA